AUGGAUAACAUGCAAUCAAACCAUCCUGUCGAGACUGAGGCUGCUCAGGACAAGCGAACGCAGCUGGAAGAUCUUAUCACACAAGCUGCCGCUAAGGAUGCGAUCAAAGACCAUAACACCGCUUCGGAACUCUAUUCACAAGCAACCGAACUACAAGCUGAAUUGAAUGGUGAACUCUCGCCGGAGAAUGCGAAUUUACUUUAUGCCUACGGAAAGUCACUUUACAACGUUGCCGUGAGCAAGAGUGACGUGCUGGGAUCCAAGGUCGCCGGAGAGCAGCCUCAAGCCCAAUACAACAAAGCCCUUUCAGCAGAUACUGGUUCUGCCAAAUCGUCUGGUACCGGGAAGAAUCUGGUCCAGGAUGCCAUUUCAAGUGCCAUGACCAAAAAUCCUCUGUCUGCUCCAAGUGAGAACGUCCAAUCUGAAGCUCCUCAGUCGAAGUCCUUGUUCCAGUUUUCGGGCGAUGAGAAUUUUGUCGAUUCAGACGAGGAGGAAGAGGAGGAUGGCGAAGCCGAAGAUGAAGAAGAAGAUGAUGACUUUGCCAAUGCUUUUGAGGUUCUGGAUCUGGCGCGUAUCCUCUACCUGAAAAAACUUGAGAUCGCAGAGGAAAGCAAUGGCAAAUCAACCCAGCUAUCGACAGAAGUGAAACAUAUUAAAGAACGACUGGCCGACACCUACGACCUCCAGGCCGAAAUUUCCCUGGAAGCUGAGAGGUUCAGUGAUGCGGUAACUGAUCUACGAACCGCGCUCGAUUUGAGAAAUUCCUUAUUUCCGUUUGAAGAUCCUUCGGUUGCCGAGUGCCACUUCAAACUCUCCCUUGCUCUCGAGUUUGCAUCGGUUCCGCGCGAGGAUGAAGUUGAGGAGAAGGGGAAGAAAGAGAAGAAUGUGGAUGAAGAAAUGCGAAAGGAGGCUGCAGUCCAGAUGGAGCACGCCAUUGAGAGUUGUCGGGUCCGAAUGGCUCAUGAGGAGAAGAAACUAGAGACCGACAAGGACAUGGAUGAAGACAAAGUGACUGCCUCAAAGAGGAAAAUCGCAAAUGUCAAAGAAAUCAUUGCGGAUAUGGAACAACGACUGAUCGAUCUACAACGCUCUCCUGACUCUGUUGGUCAAGGGGAUAAGGAGAAUGAGGCUUUUCUGAAGGGUAUUCUAGGCCAAAUUGUCGGUCAGUCCGCCACUGACCAGAAGGCUCGACUGGAUUCUGCCAGUAAGGAAGCAACCGAUCUUUCCUCGCUAGUUCGUCGUAAACCCGCAACUGGAGGAGCUUCACGUUCUACAGCAUCCAAACGCUCAGCUGAAGAUGAUCCAUCCGAGAGCGACUCAAAACGAACACGCGUGGAUGAUUAUUCCUCGGCUUCAUGA